AUGAGUGAAACCGAUUUAUCGGUCUUGUGCGGUUAUGAUUGGCACUGGGACUCGAAAAACGAGAACAUAAUCACUUUUGGUGAAGACGGCAGUGGAAAGCUUAUUUGCCGGGCCGAGCUUAAUGUCUGGAUUGCUGCCGAGUUCGACUGGAAACUUCUUGGCAUCGGGGCGAAUAAGCAGCAGAGCGACGAAGACAAGCGCUGGUGGCGCAGUGGCCGGAAUGUCGAUCCCAGAACUGAGACAGUCCUUAUGCUCGAGAUGACUCUAACCAAACGGCGAAUUCCAAGUCUCGGAGAAGCCGACAUGUCUCGGUACACAAUCAACGAGGACAUACUCACCGACGACGCCUUCAAGUCCAAAAGAAUGCACAUAACACUAGAAACCGGAACAUUCGGCACGCAGUUCGACGCGAGACAAAAGGAGGAACUGCCGGAAACGCCGAAAUUUAAAUACCGGCUGACGUUUGACGUGUCUCCUUACCCCAAAAGAAAUCAGUGGAAAGAUCCAGACGGCGCGCCAGAUGCGAUGAAGUUCUGGGAGUGGACGCAGUUCUGUGGGUGUCAGAUUGGGUAG